GGUGUAAUAAGACUACGAUUUAUUUAGUAGUUAUUUUAACUGGUAAUAGGUGCAAUAAUUGACUUGGAUUUUUUAGUAAUAAUGAAGGCGGUACUACUAGUUUUGGCUUGUGUUUUAGUUUCUGCUUACUCCCAAUGUGAUGAAAAACCAGAUGUUGAAGUAGUUUGCUACUGGGGAAGCUGGUCUGUAUACAGAAAAGAAACCGGCAAAUUUGCAACUAAAGACAUUGAUGUAAAAAGUUGUACCACAGUUAUAUAUGCAUUUGCAGGUAUUAAUUUAGAUCAAAAGACAACAUCACUGGACACGUAUAAAGAUUUAGACUUAAAGGGCUUUGCAAAUUUUACAGCCCUUAAACAAGACAACCCUUGUUUGACAACAAUGUUAGCUAUUGGUGGCUGGAAUGAAGGUUCUCGAAAAUAUUCUGUGAUGGCAAAUUCCAAACAACUACGUGAAGAUUUUGCAGACAGUGUUAUAGCAUUUCUAGCCUACUAUGGAUUUGACGGUGUCGACAUAGAUUGGGAAUAUCCCACUACCAGAGGUGGUAUUAAAGAAGAUGGAGAAAAUUUUAUUUCCCUUUUACAGGCACUAAAGAGUAGGUUUGAAAAGUACGAACUAAAACUCUCCAUUGCUGUUUCCAUAGAUGUAGACUUGAUUAACACAGCGUAUGUAGUACCAAAAUUAGCUGAUUUAGUUGAUAACGUCAAUGUAAUGGCUUACGACUAUGUGACAUCAGAGUCAAACGUGACUGGACUCUCUUCUCCCUUGUCAAAAAUAAAAGAUACGAUUUCCCAUUGGCUGAAAGCAGGACUACCAUCAAAAAAGCUUUACCUUGGAAUUCCAGCCUAUGCAAAGACUUUUAUAUUAGCAAAUGAAAGUAAUGCGGAUAUAGGUGCUAAAGUCACAGGACAAGGAGAUCCAGGAGAGUUUACUCAGGAAGCAGGAUUGUUGGCAUAUUACGAGGUAAAAUCUUUGAUGAAUGAUCCCAGUGAGGUGGCUACAACUGUUGAUGAUACAAACUAUUUUAGCUUUGCUCAGUACUGGUUUACAUUUGAUACACCUGAGACCGUCACGACGAAAGUUAACUAUGCAAUGGAUCAACAACUUGGAGGCAUUAUGUUUUGGGCCCUUGAACUAGACGAUUUUAAUGGAGAUUAUGGUGAUAAAUAUCCGUUAUUACAUGCUAUAACAGAUGCUAUCGCAAAUUACAAAUCUUCCAGUAGUAAAAAAUAAAUAAGAGAAAAUAAGAAAUAUUUAUAUUUUUUGAUUUAUAUUAAAAUAAAAAGUAAAACUAUUAA